AGCAUCAAAUUCAAGAUGGCCACCUUAGUUACCACUAAGCAUAUAAGGAAAUGCAGAUGGGUCACUGGGUGGAAAACGGUACAGGAGUACAAACUCAACGACGUGGCUGAAAACUCGGACGACGAGAAACGUAUCCGCAGUGCAAGAACACAGGGCACUCAAACAGACGAAACAGGGGAAGAAGUCACGAUUCUCACCAUAUCACAAACCUACACCGACAGCUGCGACUGGCUCUCCUGCUCAGUUACCUUCUUAUGGUCUUCAACAGCAGAACAAUGUCCUACAGACGACAAACCGAAUCAUUCCUCCAGCCCUUUCGUGCAGCUAGCAGGCGCACACCGCAACCAAGUGACGUCUGCUACAAAUGUUUUCAAACGGGACACUGGAAAUCAAGAUGCCCUUCUCAGCUCGGCAGCACUGCGUUCCCUCCUCAAAAUGAAAUUGAUUAUAAAAACAAACUACGGUAUCUACGCGGUAUCUACUAGACACAAUGUUGCCCAGAUUGACAAAAUUUGACCGCCCAUGCAACUUUAAAUCGGACUUUUCUACAGA